AUGACGACGACUCUGACCUUGAUCUUUGCUACCGUCGCAGCAUGGCUGCUGAUCAGAAUCUGGAGGCGGGUUAUACAUGUUCCCAAGGUCAACAUCAAAUACCUCGCUUUUGAGGGCGACAAUUCGGCGGCGAGAUACAUCGCUGAAGCUGGGAGUCUUCUUGCCAGGGGCUACGAAAAGCUCAUUCAACCCAUGCAGGAGAUGGUCGCCAAAGCAUAUUAUAAGGAAAUGCCGCCGUGUUCUGACUGGACAUUAAUUAACCCACGCCAGCUGAUCGCACAAAGCUUCGCCCGGAUUGCGACGCGCGUGCUGGUUGGGCCCGAACUGUGCGAAGGCAGAUGGCUCACGCUCUCCCGCGACUAUAUCAAUUCUGUCAUCAAGGCACCUGGGGUGGUCCGGCACAAGUACCCCCACUGGCUGCGGUGGGUGGCCAAGUAUAUCGAGCCGUCCGUCCACGCUGUCUUGAAGUACCGCAGAGAGGGCGCCGAACUCCUUCGGCCGGUCCUUGAGGCUCGCAUUGCCGAGCUGGACAACACGGCACCACAGACCGGGGGAGGGAAAGAGCGCCAUGAGCGGCAGCACGAAGAUGCGAUACAGUGGCUGUUGGAGGAGUUUAGGGCCCGGGGAAAGGAAUUGACACCCGACGCCCUUGCACAGAAUAUCUAUGUCAUAAUGACGGCCGCCAUUGACAGCACCUCCUCGACCGCACUAUGGAUGCUGUUUGACUUGCUGGACCAUCCUGCCGCUAUGGCCGAGAUCAGAGCGGAGAUUCUGCGGAUCAGCGGAGGGUCUGCUGAGUUUGUCUGGACGCGCCAGGCUCUGGGCGAGCUGCGGGUGCUCGACAGCUUCAUGAGGGAGAGCUUGCGUGUCCAUUCGUUUACACAAAUAACCAUCGAGCGUAUGGCCGCCGAGCCCUUUACAUUCAAGGACGGGCUGCACAUCCCCAAGUUCUCCCAGCUAGCCUUCCCCCGCUACCCAUACGGGAUGGACCCAGACGUCAAUCCAGACCCCAAGACAUUCGACUACAAGCGCCACCUGAAGAAGCGUACGGGCGCGGACGCGGCCAAGUUCCACUUUGCCUCCGUCUCGGAGGACACGCUUGCGUGGGGCACAGGCAUGCACGCUUGCCCCGGGAGGUUCCUUGCACAGGAGGCGCUGAAGCUCAUAUUUCUGCGUCUCGUCUCGCGUUACGACAUCAAGCACGACGGCGAGAAGCGCCCGGGGCCGGGACGCAUGAUGGGGCUGUUCAUGGGGCCCGAUUCUUCAGCGAAUAUUCUCGUUAAGGAAGUGUCGGCAGCUGCUUGA